UCAAGCGAUAACAUAAAAAACAUUCAUUAUUUUAGUCUACAGUUAUUUCGUUGACGCGUCGCUUGUGUUUUUCGGUGAGAAAUGUCGCAUCCAGCGUUCCAGGACGCGGGAAAUAAUCCCGGUAUUGAAAUAUGGGCUAUUGACAAAUUCGAACCCGUACCUAUCGAUUCAAAUAAAUAUGGAAAAUUCUACAACGGAGACUCCUACAUAGUGCUCAAGACGACUGGAGAUAAUACAUCAUCUCUCUCGUACGACGCCCACUUCUGGCUCGGCAGCAAGGCGACACAGGACAAGAUGGGGUCAGCCGCCAUACUCACCGUGACAUUAGACGACAUGCUGGGAGGGAAAGCGGUGCACCACAGAGAAGUGCAAGGCCAUGAGUCCAGCCGAUUCUUGGGGUACUUCCAACCAGCUAUCAGAUACCUGGAGGGAGGCAACGAAUCCGGCUUCACUGAAGUGGAAACUAACGCUGGCGCUGAAAAACGUCUCCUGAAGCUGUCUGGUUGUGAUAAUAUGAGGAUUCAAGAGGUACCAGCCGAAGCAUCAUCUCUGACCAAAGACCACUGCUUCAUCCUUGAAGUGGACCAUGACAUCUUCGUGCUGAUGCCAGAAGGUGCCAAGGCCACACAGCGAAGGAAGAUCAUCAGCGUCGCCAACACGCUCCGUGAUGAUUACCAUAACGGGAGAGCAACCAUAGAAAUUAUUGACGAGUUUUCAUCUGAUGUUGACUUUGAGCUGUUCUUCGAGGCACUCGGAUCUGGAUCCAAGGACGACUUGCUUGACGAUGACGCGUCUGACAGUUACACUCGAGAUUCCGUGUCUACGGUGUAUCUUUACAAAGUUCUACUUGGUGACGACUUGGAUCUGGUCUCAUUGGACAAACCGUUUAAGCAGAAGCACUUGGAAUCUAGCGAAGUGUAUGUGCUGGAUACACCAUGCUCUGGAAUCUACAUAUGGCUUGGCAAUGACGUCGACGCUGAGGUGAAGAAGAAUUACUUCGAUAUUGUACAGAAAUAUCUGGAUGCUAAAGGGUAUCCUUCUUGGGUUCACGUUACCAGGGUAUCAGAAGGCCUCGAGAGUUCUAACUUCAAACAAUAUUUCCACAACUGGGACACUGUGGGUGGCAAGUCUGUCAAGGAGUUGGUCACGGAGACAGAUGCCGGAUAUUACUCGGGAGACGCUGACGAAUCAGCAGCAGCUGCUAAACAGAUCGGGAAGAGUGCAGCCGCCAGGGGCUAUAUGCCUGAUAACGGGGACGGGACCCUUACUGUCACCAGGAUCGCAGAAGGCGAAGAAGAUGUGAGCGACCGCUUCGAGUCUGGUGUGUCCGUUCUCUACCAAAGUGACGUCUACGUUGUGAGGUACCAAUACACGAGCGACGCCGGGGACGACGCCUAUGUUAUUUACACGUGGAUCGGCACUGAUGCAUCAGCAGACGACAAGGCAGCUGCCAGCACCCUCGCCUCCCAGUUGGAGGAUGAUCUGGACGGCAACGUGACCGUCGUGAAAGUCCCCCAAGGGAAGGAACCGAAGCACUUCCUGAGUAUCUUCAAAGGCAAAUUGGUGAUUCUAUUUGGCAACAAAGAUGGUGAUUACAAACCGAAUAAUUCCAGAAAUACAUACGACGAUGACAGAAUCCGUCUAUUUAAGGUGGAAGGCACAGAGCUAGGUGUGGACAUGAGAGGGGUUCAGGUCGUGGAAUCAGCAGACAGUCUGGAGGACGAUGCGGUCUUCGUGUUGGAGACCCCUGACGCUUACUAUAUUAGGAUCGGAAAGGAAUCGAGUCCGGAAGAGGCAGAGGCCGCUGAGAAGUUCAUCGACUCGAUUAUCUCUGAGGAAUUGGAGCAGGCGGAGGUCGUCAAAGUGGAACAAGACGAAGAACCUGAUGAAUUCUGGAAUGCCCUAGGUGGACCUCCUGAAGAGAAAGAAGACGCAUCCGGCUGGCGGAAGGCCGUCAGCAGACGAGUGACCACCCCAACCACCUUGACCGCGGUCACCGUCACCGUCACAGGGAAGAUCAAGUUUGAGGAGCUUCCACCAGACUUCACGCAGCAGGAUCUGUCAGAUGAUGGAGUAUACGUACUUGACACUGGUGAAGAGUUAUACUUGUGGCAGGGGAGCAAUAUUCCUGAGAGAAUCAAGACAGCUAGGAGUCAGAUUGUCGAGGAAUACAUAGAGGACGAUGGCCUGGAGCGUACAGUGGACAACGCUAUAGUGGUAACUGUGAAGCAGGGGAGGGAACCUGCUGUCUUUAAGAAGCUCUUCCCGAGUUGGGACCCCGAUAUGUGGGAGAAUCAAGCCUCAUACGACGACAUUAAGAAUGAAACAAAAGCAGCCAACUCAAAGUGAAGAAGAAGCGCGCUUAAAUAUAUCAAAGUUUUAUAUUUAAUAUUGGAUCCGUCCAUAUAUUUUUAAUAUUAAAUCUAGUUUACAUUAUACUUGAGUGUCACAAAAAUUCAUAAAAAAAAAAUUAUAAAUAAUUCCUCUCUUAUAUUAAUAUUAUUGUUGUUUUUCUCUCUAUUUGCUCAUCACGUUGCAUCGUCCAUUAUAUUUUCCGUUAUUCCUGUCUACGGUCGACUGGUAGACAACGCCAUAUUGUGUUAAAUCCGCCAUUUACUCUAUCUAUGUGUAUUAAAGUUUAAUAAGUCAAUUUACAAUCAGGACUAACUUUAGUGUACCUGACGACCUAAUGCAAAUUUCUUAAGCCUUCUUGACGACGAAUAUUAAAAAGGUGUACCAAAAAAAAUCCUACUUUAAUUGUGGCAAGAUUUGUUACUGUUUACGAAAUGUAUUUUUUAUAUCGAAAAUUUAGUUUGAAAACAGAUACUAGAUGGCGUUGUUGACAAUGUAAAUGUCGCUAUUAAAGUUUGCCUGUAUUUUGAUGACCCGCCCUUAGAGAGAAUUAAUAAAAAAAAAUCUAUCAUUCCUACUGCAUUUCUGUUGCUCCAUUCGACGCCAUUAGUAUUUAAGACUCACGAUACCUAGUUGUUCGGUUACGUUGAUUUAAAACCAAACUACUAGACUAAUGUUUAUAAAAUUUCUAAACUUAACGUGUACCCUUUCAGAUAAAAAAAAUCCAAAGCAGUUUAGAUACAGCUGAAGGAGUUAUAAGGUAGCAAACAUAAAAAAAUACAAACAAAUUAACAAUCUUUAUUGUAAUGUCGAUCGAAAAUUCGUCUUGCACUCACAUCGGGUCCGAUAUCUAAUUUGGUUUCCAAAAAAGGUUAUCCUGUAUUGAUGUUGGUUAUUUGAUUUGAAUUAUUUUGUUUAAUUCCGCUACCAUUUGUAUGUGUGUGACUGGCAACACUCGAAGAUUUUUUUUUUUAAUGGUUUGCGAUACAGUAUUUAAGGCAUCCCGUCCUCGCUGUUGGAUACGGGUGACGGAACGCCUAUACAAGAGGGUACAUAGUGGGCGCAGUUUAGACACAAUAUUUGAGGAGCAUUAGGAAGGUACUACGGCCGGAUACUGCAACAAAAGAAUAUGUGGCCGGCCCCCGAACUGGCGACCUCUGCUGUCUACCGGUCCCCAAUUCGCGGGACGACCAACAAUCAAAGAUUAAUCACUACCAUUACUACCAGAAGUUCCACAACCAUCGCCAUUAAUUUUAGACCGCUAAUUCGCAGUUUGGACGUCGAAUGAUUAACAGUCCGAGCAGCGAUCUAUUAAUUUGCCUGAAGAUAUCUCGUUUAGAGGCGAAACUCUGGUCACAAAACGGGCACGAACAAAAUGGGCGUCAGAGAUUGAUGGCUAAUAUGGAAGGUUGUGGAACUUCUGAUAGUAAUAGUGUUGGCCAAUCUUUGACUGUUGGCAGUCACACGCAUACUAAUGGUAGCGGAAUUAAACAAAAUAAUUCUAAAUCAAAUAACCAGUGAUAUGGACUUCCGCAACACUUAGUUCAAUACAGUAAAAGCUUCUUAUUCUCGCUUCCUUUAGUUCACUAUUCGCGGAUUAAAAAAUUGCGACCCAUUACCUAUAUUCGCGGCUAAAGUUUUCUAUAUUAGCGGAUCUAAUCGGUACAUAUUAUUAUUAAAAAGGAUUAUGUACCUAUCCUUUGUAAACGCGUCGGCAAAUAGACUAAUGAAAAAGUAAAACAGACCUUAUCACAAAUACGCCUACAGUACGUUGUCAAAUGCUAACGCCACUGUAUAAGUGGUUCGGAUUUCUAUAUUCACGGUUUCUAUAUUUACGGAACGUACUUAUACCGCGGGAAUAAAGAGCUUUUACUGCAUAAUGUAUUGAUGUUUACAUCUGAUUCGAUAUCUCCCAUGCCGGAUUUACUGCAUACAAUAUCAAUAUGUCAGGUUUUUUUUAUACAACUUAGAAUAGCAAACAAACUGACGGCCCACCUGAUGGAAAGUGGUAACCGUCGCCUAUAGACAUGAGCAGUACCGUGGACAUAACAGAGUAUACUGCUUCGCCCAUGAUACCCCCCAUGCGUUGCCAUUCCUGAGGACUCAAGUGUUAUUCCUCUGUACCCUGUAAAUUCACGCCAUAUCCCACUCUUCAAACCGAAACACGACCAUGCAAACACAACUGGUUCACGGUAGAAACACGAAUGGGACAGAGGUAUUCAAGCAAACGACUUUUGUACAGUCUCCCUCUUCACCUUCUUAAAAAAGGUCCUCUCACCCACACUGGGUUCGCGCUUUUUUUAUUUUUGACUACAUCCCAUAAACUUAGCGCCCCUUUAGAACCUCGACACCUCCGUUACAUCUCAACGCCUCCAAGCGCCACUCAACCCCUCCCCCCCCCCCCACACACACCCAUUAAAGCCGGUACUAUUAACUACUAUAACACCAAAUAAGAUAGAAGCAUUUGUCUACUAUUGCUGUUGUAAUGAAGACUCAUACAUAGAUACUGAAUAACAAUUAAUUAUUAUACAUAAAAAAAAACUAUGUAAAUAUUUAAAAAAAAUGUGUAUUUUUAUUGUUAUUUGCACGAUUGAUUCAAUUACUAUGUGUAAGUAUCAAAAUAUUGUUUGAAUAAUUAUAAAAUAUAAAUAUAUAUACAAAAA